UUGGGGACAGUCAAAAGCAGAGGCUUAAGGAGCUGCUUGGGGGAGACUAGGAGCAAGCAGACCAAGGCCUGGCUGGGACUUGGGGGGAGGACACAUGGAGCGGUCCCAGUCCCAGCGGCAUGGAGGGGAACAGAGCUGGUGGGGCAGUGCUCCCCAGUACCAGUACAUGCCCUUUGAACAUUGUACCAGUUAUGGACUGCCCUCAGAGAAUGGGGGCCUUCAGCACCGGCCCCGAAAGGACAUGGGUCCCAGGCACAAUGCCCACCCAACACAGAUAUAUGGCCAUCACAAAGAACAAUAUUCAUAUAAGGCACAGGAUGGGGGAAUGCCCAAGAAGAUGGGCUCCAGUUCUACCAUGGACAGCUUGGAUGAGGACCACUAUUCUAAAUGUCAAGACUGUGUCCAUCGCCUGGGACGUGUACUGAGAAGGAAGCUGGGGGAAGAUUGGAUCUUUCUUGUGCUCCUGGGCCUCCUGAUGGCUCUAGUCAGCUGGUGCAUGGACUAUGUUAGUGCCAAGAGCCUUCAGGCCUACAAGUGGACCUAUGCCCAGAUGCAGCCCAGCCUUCCUCUACAGUACCUGGCCUGGGUCACCUUCCCACUUAUCCUUAUCCUCUUCAGUGCCCUCUUUUGCCAACUCAUCUCUCCCCAGGCUGUGGGCUCUGGAAUCCCUGAGAUGAAGACAAUUCUUCGUGGUGUUGUCUUGAAGGAAUACCUCACGCUCAAGGCCUUUGUAGCCAAGGUGGUGGCCUUGACAGCUGGACUGGGCAGUGGCAUCCCUGUGGGAAAAGAGGGUCCCUUCGUUCACAUCGCCAGCAUCUGUGCUGCUGUCCUCAGCAAGUUUAUGUCCAUGUUCUCUGGUGUCUAUGAGACCGUGCCUGGGCAGCUUGAUCUCCUGGUGCCAGCCUGUGCAGUGGGCGUGGGAUGCUACUUUGCAGCCCUUGAUGGAGCAGCCAUACUAUUACACUGACAUCCUGACAGUGGGCUGUGCUGUGGGGGUCGGUUGCUGUUUUGGAACACCACUUGGAGGAGUCCUGUUUAGCAUCGAGGUCACUUCUACCUACUUUGCUGUUCGGAAUUACUGGCGAGGAUUCUUUGCAGCCACAUUCAGUGCCUUUGUGUUCCGUGUCCUGGCCGUGUGGAACAAGGAUGCUGUCACCAUCACUGCUCUCUUCAGAACGAAUUUCCGAAUGGAUUUCCCCUUUGACCUGAAGGAACUCCCAGCUUUUGCUGUCAUUGGGAUUUGCUGCGGGUUCUUGGGAGCUGUUUUCGUUUAUCUGCAUCGCCAAGUCAUGCUCGGUGUCCGAAAGCACAAGGCUCUCAGCCAGUUUCUUGCUAAGCACCGCCUGCUAUAUCCUGGAAUUGUUACCUUUGUCAUCGCCUCACUCACAUUCCCACCAGGAAUGGGUCAAUUCAUGGCUGGAGAGCUGAUGCCCCGUGAAGCUAUCAGUACCCUCUUUGACAACAACACAUGGGUAAAGCACAUAGGUGACCCCCAAAGCUUGGGCCAGUCAGCUGUGUGGAUUCACCCCCAGGUCAACGUGGUCAUCAUCAUCCUUCUCUUCUUCGUUAUGAAGUUUUGGAUGUCCAUUGUGGCCACCACCAUGCCCAUACCCUGUGGAGGCUUCAUGCCUGUCUUUGUGCUAGGAGCUGCAUUUGGAAGGCUGGUGGGAGAGAUCAUGGCCAUGCUAUUCCCUGAGGGUAUCUUAUUUGACGAUAUCAUCUAUAAGAUCUUACCUGGGGGCUAUGCAGUAAUUGGAGCAGCAGCUUUGACAGGGGCUGUCUCCCACACAGUCUCCACAGCUGUCAUUUGCUUCGAAUUAACCGGUCAGAUUGCUCACAUCCUGCCCAUGAUGGUGGCUGUUAUCUUGGCCAACAUGGUGGCUCAGAGUCUGCAGCCCUCCCUCUAUGACAGCAUCAUCCAGGUCAAGAAGCUUCCCUAUUUGCCAGACCUUGGUUGGAACCAGCUCAGCAAAUUUACAAUUUUUGUUGAGGACAUCAUGGUACGUGAUGUGAAGUUCGUUUCAGCUUCUUGUACAUACGGGGAACUGAGAAACCUACUCCAGACCACCACAGUCAAGACUUUACCAUUGGUUGACUCCAAAGAUUCAAUGAUCCUGCUGGGCUCUGUGGAACGCUCAGAACUGCAGUCCCUCCUGCAGCGCCACCUGUGUGCAGAGCGAAGGUUGAAGGCUGCCCAGGACAUGGCUCGAAAGUUAUCAGAGCUGCCUUAUAACGGCAAGGCUCAGCUGGCUGGGGAGUGGCAUCCUGGUGGUCGACCUGAGUCCUUUGCCUUCGUAGAUGAGGAUGAAGAUGAGGACCUCUCCAGGAAGAUGGAGGUUCCACUGACUCCAACUCCCCCCCCUCCUUCUCCUCCUCCUCCACCACCCCAGUUUCCUAUUGCUCCAUCAUACCCUGAAGAGCCUAAUGGGCCACUGCCCAGCCAUAAACAGCCACCUGAAGCCUCAGACUCUGCAGAUCAAAGAUCAUCCAUCUUCCAGCGCCUGUUGCACUGCUUACUGGGCAAAGCUCACUCCAAAAAGAAGAAAAUAACACAGGAUUCAACAGAUUUAGUGGAUAACAUGUCACCUGAAGAGAUUGAGGCCUGGGAGCGGGAGCAGCUGAGCCAGCCUGUGUGCUUUGAUUGCUGCUGCAUCGACCAGUCUCCCUUCCAGCUGGUGGAGCAGACAACCCUGCACAAGACUCAUACACUUUUCUCACUUCUUGGCCUCCAUCUUGCCUAUGUGACCAGCAUGGGGAAGCUCAGAGGUGUCUUGGCACUAGAAGAGCUACAGAAAGCUAUUGAGGGUCAUACCAAAUCUGGGGUGCAGCUUCGCCCUCCACUUGCCAGCUUCCGGAAUACAACUUCAAUUCGGAAGAGUCCUGGGGGGCCACCCCCUCCUGCAGAGGGCUGGAAUGUGCCUGAGGAUGGAGAAGGGGCUCCUGGAAGAGAAGUCAUGGUUCCUACCAUGCCAGAGACUCCUGUCCCACCACCAUCGCCAGAGGUCCCUUCCUGCCUGGCCCCAGCCAGAGUGGAGGGUGAGCUGGAGGAACUGGAGAUGGUGGGGAGCCUAGAGCCUGAGGAGGACCUGGCUGACAUCUUGCAUGGCCCCAGUCUGAGGUCCACUGAUGAGGAAGAUGAGGACGAGCUGAUCCUGUGAACAACCCCCUUCACGCUUUCUUCUUAAAAACCAUAGGGCCCAUGUCAGAGAGUGGACUUGUAUGUGAUAUGGGGAGGCCUCCACGUCAUCUUGUUCCUACCACCACUGUGAAAGGUGAUGGUGAUGAUCUUAAGGAGAACUUGAUCUUGGAAAGGGAAGAAUUUGGGUCCAUCAGACCUUCCCCCCGCCCCCAUUUCCAUGCUUAAAGGACUCUAUGUUUUCCUGCUGUGCAGGUUCAGUCCCUAUCACUCUAAAGCCCCACAGUUCCCAGUGUUGUUCAGUCACCAUCCUGGCCCUGCCUGUCUAUAUUCAGUUUCCAUAUGGAGUAGGUGAGUGGAGGCCCAGAUUGGAUGAAUCUGCAAGUGUCACAUUGGAAGGGAAUGUGGGACCACAAUAUCGCCAUGUGGAUUGACCACCCUAAAAUGUGCCCCCAAGUCUGCCAGCCCUGUGUGCACUCCAAAAUCUGUCCUAGACCCCAUCAGUGUUGCCAUUUCUGUGUCCAGGCCAAACCCACAUCAGGGCUGAAAAAGCCAACCCUUGUUUCCAAGGAACCAAGUGCAGUUCCCUGGAAAGAGGUUGAGGAAAGCUCUGUGUGGAGAGGCAGGUGUCAGACCCCUACAGCAGAGAGCUCUAGUCCUAGUUCUGCCUAGUUCUGUGUUACACCUAGAACAUGCUUAUUUCCUUUUGCCCCCCUGCAGUGGCUAACUUAGCCUGCCAAGAGUCAUCUCUGUCUUGGGGCCACUCUUUCUAGAGCUCCUCCCAAAGCACACCAAGGCUUUCAUGCAGCAAUGGGGAAUGGAGAUUCCAGUCCUUUAUAAUAGCUCCUUGCACCCUUUACUUGGCAAGCUUUAGUUUACUCCACUCUUAGAGGACUCCCAUCAUUUUCCUUCCAAACCAGCAAGGAGCUUGAUAGCCAUGCUGUACAGCAUUAGCCUGCUUAACCUAGAACCAUAUGCCAGGUGCUGUGGGCAUUCAGACUCUGCUCCAUUUGUGGGCUCUUUCUGUCCCUCACUGUAUACUUUUAGCUCUGUAGCUGAGCCCUCAUAUAUUCUCCCAGUUCUGGCCCUCCCCCCCCCCAUUCCCAGGUUUCUUCUGUCCCCCAAAUAAGACACUCAUAGUCAGAGGAUGACACCACAUCUGUUUAGUGUUGUUCCACACAGCCUCUGGCCUUCUCCAACAUGGGCUCCUUCCACCACCCCAGGCUGACAUUGAGGCCUAGGUAGGAGCAUUAGCAGGGGGCUUCCAAGCCCAUGCCCAUGUGUAUAUAAUCUAUAAUACUUAUAUAUAUUUAUAUAGAAUUCUCUCUGUAAUAUAUGUCAUAGACUCCUUCCUGGGCCUGGGGUGAGGGUUUCACAUUAAGAAAACAUGCUAAGACUGACCAUAAAAAUGGGUAUUUCUCAGACCUGGAAGACAGAGUGUGGGAUAUACAUGGACAAGGGUAAGAACUUGUCCUUCACGAUUCCCUUCUUAACACAAGGAAAAGAAGGGAGGUGUGUGGGCUGGGGAGGCAAUGGAAGGGAAGGGAUCGAAGGUUUGGAUUUUCAUUUAAUAAAGUCAAUUGAAAA